AUGGCCUUUGAAAUGGAUGUUGUGGAACCAUUUGCUAUCAUCAUUUCGGCCUACAAACGCCAUUCCGCCAGAGUUAUGGCCGAGUCGAAUGUGCGACCCAACGGUUGUCCAAGGCGAAGAGGCAGGCAGACUUACACCCGUUUCCAAACCCUGGAACUCGAGAAAGAAUUUCAUUUCAACCAUUAUCUCACGAGAAGAAGACGUAUAGAGAUAGCUCACGCGCUAUGCCUGACAGAAAGGCAGAUAAAAAUCUGGUUCCAGAAUAGGAGGAUGAAACUAAAAAAAGAACUGAGGGCCGUCAAAGAAAUCAAUGAGCAAGCUCGAAGAGAAAGGGAAGAGCAAGAAAGACACAAGCAACAGCAACAGGAGAAACAACAGAAAAUAGAGCAGCAGAAUCAUUCUUCCAUCCACCAGCAUCAUCAUGACCCGAUGAAAAUGAACUUGGAGAAAGGCACCAGCUCGGAUCUGCUGAAAGCAGUUUCGAAGGUCCCUACAUAA